AUGGCCGACCGCACGCUUCCAUGGCCCAUUCAGGAUGCCAUCGAUAUCAUGGCCGGUCGCCACACUCUGUCAAAGUACAUCCCCCCUGUUCUCUGGCUAUUCGAUGACUACACCAAGAUGGCCGGCGGGACCGGUCCCCUCGUCUACCCUGCCGCUCACGUCUACACCUUCACGGGGCUGUACUAUCUCACUGACCGAGGGAAGAACAUCCUCCUGGCUCAGCAGCUGUUUGCCGUCUUCAUCUUCGUCCUGCGUUGCUUCAACGACUGCUUCGCCGCCUUCUUCCUGUGGCUGUCCAUCUUCUGCUUCCAGCGACGGAUGUGGACCUUGGGCGCCGUCGCGUACGCCUGGGGCCUGGGCAUCAAGAUGUCCCUCCUGCUCGUGCUCCCGGCCGUGGCCGUCGUGCUGUUCCUCGGCCGUGGACUGCGGGGCAGCCUGCGGCUUCUCUGGCUGGUGCUGCAGGUCCAGGUGGCCAUGGCCGUCCCCUUCCUCACCACCAAUGCGGGCGGCUACCUGGGCCGGGCGUUCGAGCUCUCCCGCCAGUUCAAGUACGAGUGGACCGUCAACUGGCGCAUGCUCCCGGAGGACGUGUUCCUGAGCCGCGAGCUGGCCGUCGCCCUGCUGGCGGGCCACGUCGGCGUGCUCCUCCUCUUCAUCGGCAACAGGUGGGUGGCGCGCGCGACGGCCGGCAGGUCGCCGUGGGCCAUGAUCCCCGACCUGCUGCGUCUGCGGUCCCCGUUCCGCACCAGGAGGGAGGAGGAGGACGUCGCCGGCAGGGUCACGCCGGAUCUCGUCAUGUCCACCAUGCUCACGGCAAACGUCGUCGGCCUGCUCUUCGCCAGGUCCCUCCACUACCAGUUCUACGCGUACCUCUCCUGGGCGACGCCGUACCUCAUCUGGAGGGCGGGCCGCGCCGGUGCCGGCGUCUGGGCAGUAUGGAUCCUGCAGGAGUAUGCGUGGAACGUCUUCCCCAGCACGGACCUGAGCUCUGCCAUCGUCGUCGCAUCGCUGCUUUUUACCGUCUGCGCUGCGUAUCUGGCACCCGCAGAGGAGGAGAUGCAUGCGGAUGAUGGCGAUGAGCAGCAGUUGUCUGCCGCUACUGAGUCCAGCAAGACAAGGUGA